GUGGCUAUAGGACAGGCUUUGGCCGCUGCUUUCUAGAACGUCGUUCUGAUCCCUUUAAAGGUGGGGAUCAUGACGGAGGAUGCGGGGGAAGAAGGCGGGAGCCAACGGCUGGAGAGUCUCGGUUGACAUAGUAACUCUUCAGCUCUGUCUCCCCGGCUCUCAGGCUAUACUACCACCCGCCACCCCGCCAGUGCUUGUUCGGCUUGGGAGCCCUGGCCGCCUCCCUGCGGGGUCCCCUAGGCCUGACUCGCUCAGGUCAAGAUCCCCUUUGUGACCCCCUAAGUGGUGACUUCUCCCCGGGUCAGCAGGGAAGCCUCUCUUGGAGCUCAGACCGCCGGGUGUCCGCACCCCCUGCCUCGCCCUCAUCCCCUGGGCACCGGGCUGCUCCGGGCCAGUCCGGCGGGUGACGCGAGUCUCCGCACCGCGUCCCCCUCCACAUCGUGACCCCUUGGAACUGCUGAGGCGCCCCCCCGGAACAGGACGUAGGCCAGUCCGGCGUUCCCGCCAUGAACCAGAGCCCAGCGUUCGGGCCCCGGAGGGGCGGCUCUUCCCGGGUCCCGGCUGGGGCCGGCGCGCCGCGCAACGAGAGCCAGGACUACCUGCUCGUCGACUCGGAGAUGGGGGACGACGGCUGCCCGCAGCCUCCGCUGGCUCCAUACGGCUACUACCCCUGCCUCCGAAGCACCGACAACAGAAUGGCUCACCGGCGGCAGACAAUUCUCCGGGAGAAGGGGAGAAGGUUAGCUAACCGAGGACCAGCAUACAUGUUUAAUGAUCAUUCAACAAGCCUGUCUUUUGAGGAGGAACGCUUUUUAGAUGCAGCUGAAUAUGGCAACAUCCCAGUGGUGAGGAAGAUGUUAGAAGAAUGUCUCUCACUCAAUGUGAACUGUGUGGAUUACAUGGGCCAGAAUGCCCUGCAGUUGGCAGUGGCCAACGAGCAUCUGGAAAUUACAGAACUUCUACUCAAGAAAGAAAAUCUCUCUCGUGUUGGGGAUGCCUUGCUUCUAGCUAUUAGUAAGGGUUAUGUUCGGAUCGUGGAAGCCAUUCUUAGUCAUCCAGCUUUUGCUGAAGGAAAGAGGUUAGCAACCAGCCCCAGCCAGUCUGAACUCCAGCAAGAUGAUUUUUAUGCCUAUGACGAAGAUGGGACACGGUUCUCCCAUGAUGUGACUCCAAUCAUUCUGGCUGCCCAGUGCCAGGAAUAUGAAAUUGUACACACCCUCUUGCGGAAGGGUGCUCGGAUUGAACGGCCUCAUGAUUAUUUCUGCAAGUGCAGCAAAUGCAACCAGAAACAGAAGCAUGACUCCUUUAGCCACUCCAGAUCUAGGAUUAAUGCUUAUAAAGGCCUGGCAAGUCCAGCUUACCUGUCAUUGUCAAGUGAAGAUCCAGUCAUGACAGCUUUAGAACUUAGCAAUGAGCUGGCAGUGCUGGCCAACAUUGAGAAAGAGUUCAAGAAUGACUACAAAAAACUAUCAAUGCAGUGCAAAGAUUUUGUUGUUGGACUCCUUGAUCUGUGCAGAAAUACGGAAGAAGUAGAGGCCAUUCUGAAUGGGGAUGUUGAAGUACACCACAGUGGUGGAGAUCACAGUCGUCCAAAUCUCAGCCGUUUAAAACUUGCCAUUAAAUAUGAAGUAAAAAAAUUUGUAGCUCAUCCAAACUGUCAACAGCAGCUUCUAUCCAUAUGGUAUGAGAACCUUUCCGGUUUGCGGCAACAGACAAUGGCAAUCAAGUUUCUCAUAGUCCUCGCUGUUGCCAUCGGAUUGCCCUUCCUGGCUCUCAUUUACUGGUUUGCUCCGUGCAGCAAGAUGGGGAAGGUAAUGCGUGGACCAUUUAUGAAGUUCGUAGCGCACGCAGCCUCCUUCACCAUUUUUCUGGGACUGCUAGUCAUGAAUGCAGCUGACAGAUUUGAAGGCACUAAACUCCUUCCUAAUGAAACCAGCACAGAUAAUGCAAAACAGCUGUUCAGGAUGAAAACAUCCUGCUUCUCAUGGAUGGAGAUGCUCAUUAUAUCGUGGGUAAUAGGCAUGAUAUGGGCUGAAUGUAAAGAAAUUUGGACUCAAGGCCCCAAGGAAUACUUGUUUGAGUUGUGGAAUAUGCUUGAUUUUGGUAUGUUAGCGAUCUUUGCAGCAUCAUUCAUUGCAAGAUUCAUGGCAUUUUGGCAUGCUUCCAAAGCCCAGAGCAUCAUCGAUGCAAAUGAUACUUUGAAGGAUUUGACAAAAGUCACUUUGGGGGACAAUGUGAAAUACUACAAUUUGGCCAGGAUAAAGUGGGACCCCUCUGAUCCUCAAAUUAUAUCUGAAGGUCUUUAUGCAAUUGCUGUAGUUUUAAGUUUCUCCAGGAUAGCUUAUAUCUUACCAGCAAAUGAAAGCUUUGGACCGCUGCAGAUAUCACUUGGAAGAACAGUAAAAGACAUCUUCAAGUUUAUGGUCAUAUUCAUCAUGGUGUUUGUGGCCUUCAUGAUUGGAAUGUUCAAUCUCUACUCCUACUAUAUCGGUGCAAAACAAAAUGAAGCCUUCACAACAGUCGAGGAGAGUUUUAAGACACUGUUCUGGGCUAUAUUUGGGCUUUCUGAAGUGAAAUCUGUGGUCAUCAACUAUAAUCACAAAUUCAUUGAAAACAUUGGUUAUGUUCUUUAUGGAGUCUACAACGUGACAAUGGUCAUUGUUUUGCUGAACAUGUUGAUUGCAAUGAUCAACAGUUCAUUCCAGGAAAUUGAGGAUGAUGCUGAUGUGGAAUGGAAAUUUGCAAGGGCCAAACUUUGGUUUUCCUACUUUGAGGAGGGAAGAACUCUUCCUGUUCCCUUCAACCUGCUGCCAAGUCCAAAGUCCCUGUUUUAUCUCUUACUGAGGCUUAAAAAAUGGAUUUCUGAGCUGUUCCAACGUCAUAAAAAAGGUUUCCAGGAGGAUGCAGAGAUGAACAAGAGAAAUGAAGAAAAGAAAUUUGGAAUGUUGGAAAGUCAUGAAGACCUUUCAAAAUUAUCACUUGAUAAAAAACAGAAAAUAAUGAAGAGGCUUAUUAAAAGAUAUGUACUAAAAGCCCAGAUUGAUAAGGAGAGUGACGAAGUGAACGAAGGGGAACUAAAGGAAAUUAAACAGGACAUCUCAAGUCUCCGCUAUGAACUCCUAGAAGAAAAAACUCAAAAUUCAGAAGAUCUAGCAGAACUUAUCAGAAAACUUGGGGAGAAAUUGUCAAUGGAAACAAAUCAAAAGGAAAGCAAUAGAUAAUGCAAAGAAUCCCCCAAAAUCCAUAUUUAUUUGUUCACUUGAAGCCAUAUUAUUUUCUGAUUUAUUUUUUUAAGUACCAGUGUGACCACCUUUUAAAUAAGAAAAUGUUCAAAGAUAAUUUGAGUCACCCUGUCAUCCAGAACCCUAAUAUUAAAUAUUUUUCAUGGAUAAAUUUCAUUGUUCAGGCUAGAGAUUGAAGGUUAUGAUGCAGAUUGUGCCCAGUUGUUUGGUGCUUAUUUUAGAAACUGCUUUCUUGGGUAUAAGUAUUGUGACAAUGGGGUUGCCAUGGAGCAUCUGCCUGGGAAUUAUCUCAGCUGGCAGGGGGCAGACAUAUCGUUCUGAUGGUGACUUCAGGCACCUUCCUGCCUGCUCUGUGGAUCCCCUGAUGGUGAUUUCCAGACCUGAAAUCUAGAGAAAAAUAAUCUACGGCCAUUUGGAGAAUGUUUAAUCAUCUACCCCACUUAGCCCUUAUAGAAUAUGAUUGAUAAUGUUGGUGCCAAAUGGGGUUAAAUCUUUCCCAAAUUUUCUGAUUCAUCUCUUUGAAAAUGUUACAUUUCCCAGUUAAAAAAUGCUUCCUCCGCUGAACCCUGGAAACAUGGUUCAAUUGUGUGUGUUUCUGUGUGCGCACAUGCGUACACAUGAAAUUCUUGCCCUAUUUUCUUUUGCAGCCAAUAUAGACCCUCAAAGCUCUUUAUGUUAUAAUUUUUUAUUGUGACUGAAAAAUUAUUGACCAAAUGAAAACCCUUUAUUGGAGAAGUAUCAAAGCUACAAACAAUUGUGGUCAUUUAGCCCAAUUAUAGCAGUUUUGUCCCAUUUCCGAGGGCCUUUACAGGUGAAGUCCCACAUUUGGCAUUGAAUGUAAAGAAAAAAAGUGCUGAAGGGACUUGCAAAUACCUACCUGCUAUAGUCAGUAUGUCCUACCCUCCUCUCAAAAUACACAAAAUAGAAAAUUGCAUUUGUGAGCAUCCACUAAGAGGUUAUUACUAAUUACCAAUGAUGUGAGGCAUUAGCUAAAACAACUAAAAGAGAGAAAUGGAGAUUCACCUAUUCAACUACCCGAAGACUAUCAAUACUUAGAUGAUGCUGGCCAUUAACUGAAAGUGUAGCUUUAAAUUCAAUAGAGAAGCUUCAAAUGCAAAAUUUUAACGUCAUUUUAAAGAUAAAAUGGUCACAGAAAAUCUGUUUAGCCCCAAAUUUCGCUGAACUUAAAUCAAAGAACUUUGACACAACCAGCAGAAAAUAUAGCUGAAAUUUUAUAUUCAGUGAUUUUUGUCUUUGUGAGUAUUAUUUAUUGAGAAGUUAUUUUUUUUAGUGAUACAGAAAAGGUCUAUUUUCAAAUGUUUUGUGACAGUAUUUGAAUCAGAGGGUGUAAAAAUUAACCUCCACCAAAUGUGCUAUCAGCAAAUUAAAAUAAUCUAGUAUCCACAAAGCUUCUGUAUUGUGCCAUGCAAGAGCUUGCCCUUCAUGACAAGGAACAUUCUAUGACACCAAAUGAGCUUGACUCUAGAAGAGUCUAGAAAAGAUACUCAAAGUUCUCAGUGUCUUUUAAGUUGGGCUGACCUGACAAAAAAGUUUUGGGAAAUGUACCAGUCUUGACUGUGGGUUCCUCAGUAAAAGGCAUUGCCAUAAAGUAUCACUUGUUAUUGCUUAAAAUUAAUACGUCCUAAAGUCAACAGAUUUUCCUCAAAGGUCAACUGAGUUGGCACCUCUUCUCAUUUCUUUUUAAUUGAAAGAUGAGAAGAUAAACCAAUCAUAUUUUAAGAAAGGUUUUUUUAAAAUUCCAGCAAGAGCUUAAUUAAAGGCAUAUCACCAAAACAUGGUCAUAAGCAUGACCAUCCUUCCUAAGUCUCAA